GGCACCAGCUGAGGAUUGAGGUCCGGCAAAGUUCUCCCGUCUCCUCUUUCAUCACCUGUGCCAGCAGAGCCCGGGGGUGUUCCUGGUGCUCGGGGCGCGUCGAGCCCCGUCUGCAGCGACGGCAGGGAGGACAGCACCACCAGAGCCCGCCGGGAAAGGAGAAGCCAUGUACAGGAGAAAGACGAGAGGCAUGUAUAUAUCCAAGAGGGCAUUGAGAAAACACUUUGACCCCCGUGAGUAUCCCAGGGAGACGUACCUGCUGUGCGAGCUGAAGUGGCGUGGGGGUGCCAGGUCUUGGAAGCACUGGGUCAGGAAUGAGGAUGACAAUUACCAUGCAGAGCAGUACUUCCUGGAGGAAAUCUUUGAGCCAAGAAGCUACAAUACCUGUGACAUGACCUGGUACCUGUCCUACAGCCCCUGUUGGAAGUGCUGCCAGGUGAUUGAGGGUUUCCUGGAGGAGCAGCGCAAUGUGAACAUCGACAUACGCGUGGCACGGCUCUACUAUGUAAAGGAUCCGAGAAACUGCAUGGCCCUCAGGGAGCUUAGAAGGUUCCAGGGAGUGAGGAUUACAGCCAUGGAAGCUGAAGACUAUGAUUACUGUUGGGACACCUUUAUACAGCCAGAUGUCAACUAUGAUUUCUCGCCCAAGAAGUUUAAAUCAGAGAUUCAGAGGAAUCGUGUCAAGCUCGAAGAUAUCUUUCAGGGUCUUCAUUUGUAGAAGCAAAGAAUCAAAGAAUAUCUCAAGUUGAAAGGGACCCAAAACAACAUGACUAAAAUCAUCAUCCAUCUUAUAAACAGUUAUGUAGUAGUUGGUUUUCACUAUCAUUUGUUUGGUUUAAUUAUAAAAUUCUAACUGUUUUUAGAUAUUUAGUGUAAAUCUCAGAUUGCUUUUACGUAUGGUGAAAUUUGUAAUUGCUUGUGGGCAAUGUAAAAAUGGGAAAUAAUGCUUUUAAAAGAUGUAAGUGGGCUUGCAAAAGGUGUAUUUUAGGAUAUGAUUAUUGUUGCAAAAUGUAUAGAAAAAAUCCAAGAUAGCAUAAGUGAAGAGCAGAAGACCAUAAAGGAAGAGCACCAAGCUUAAAAUGGCAUCAGAAGAACACCCUAGACUGCUGAUGUCUGCAACAAUUGAAUUGUGCAAACGUUGCAAAACUCUGGAGCAAGAUUGUAGUCAACCAGCCCAAAAUAAAUCUGCAAAAUCUUCUGAGGAAGUAAUCCAACUGUUACAGCAUAAAAGACUGCAGACAGAAGAGGUGGGAGUGCCUGGCUGUGGCCAUGCACCCAGCCUACACUGUAAGUUUUGCUUUGUGAUUAUCCCCUAUUAUCAUUUCCUAAAACUCUUAAAGACUUGAGAGGAGUGGGUGUAGUUUCUGACAUCAGUGAAGAAUCUUUUCCUGAUGUCCAGGCUGCACAUCCACGAAUGCAGCUUCAUUCCAUUGACACCAGUCCUCUCACUGAUCAGUGGUCUCAGGAUUACAUAAACUCCAGGAUUACCCCGUCCCAAGUGGAGAAUGCAGCACUUGCUCUUGUCAUAUUUCAUACCAUUGGUGACUGCUCAGCUCCUCAGUAUCCAGAUCUCUCUGCAGGGCCUCUUCACCCUCAAGGGAAUCCUCAGAUCCUCCUGGUUUAGUAUCAUUGGCAAGAUUACUUAAUUUUGGUCCCUACAUUUGAUUCCCCCACUCAGAUGAUUUAUAAGAACGUUGAAGAUCACUGGCUGUAACAAUGAGCCCCAGGGAGCCCCAGUGGUGGCAGGUCACCACUGGCUGUAAGUUUUUGAGCCAUCAGCCAGCUGCUCACCCAGAGCCCUAUGGACUUACCUCCCUGUGUGCUGGACAUUUUAUCCUGGAGGUGAAGUGCUGAGGCCUGGACAAGGGGCCUUGAGCCUCACUAACCAAGUGCUAGUAGCAAUAUGAUAUCAUUUUUUUUGGUAAAACAUGUAUUCACCUUUCUGUAUUUAGAAUCUGGACAAGGCCAGGUCUGUUUUGCACUGCCUCUGUUUUUUCUGUCUUUCCUUCCUCCUUUCUCCCUCUGCUUAAAAGUUGAACUCCCUGCUGCCACAGGCUGCCCAGAGAUUGUUGUUGCCACGUGUUGUUCAGAAAGGUUAAAUCUGCAGGCUGUUCAGAAAGGUUUAAAUUGUUGCUGCUACUGACUGUUGAACCCAUCAUACAGUUUUAAUUGCUGCAGCCUAUAAAUAAAACUUCCUAAUUGA